CUUCUCUUUGGCGAUGAUCGUCUCUCCUCUCUCCUCCGACCUCUUUUUUCUCUUUCCUCUUUUCCUUCUCCUCUGUUCUGAGCUCCCAAUAUGAACUGGGCAAACCAAUUCUCAACUCCUACAUUUUCAGGCUUUGUAAGCAAAAGGGUCCGAAAUUCUCCCAUACCCGUGUCGACCCGGUUAAUCUCCACCACCAAAGUGGUGGCGAGUUUGGGUGACAGAGACUGUAACUGUCCAACCUUUUUAAAUGCAGUCGGGAGGCGCCAAUUGCUAGCCUUGGGGACAACAUUUACUCCAUUAUUGUUGCUGUUUUCUUCCAAGACCCCAAUCUCAUUUGCUGCAGAAAGUAAGAAGGGUUUUCUGCCAGUGACUGACAAGACAGAUGGAUACUCUUUCCUGUAUCCGUUUGGGUGGCAGGAAGUUGCUAUUGAAGGACAAGAUAAGGUAUUCAAAGAUGUCAUUGAGCCACUUGAAAGUGUUAGUGUUAAUUUGAUUCCGACUGGUAAAGAGGACAUUCGGGAUUUAGGGUCUCCGCAAGAGGUUGCUGAAACUUUAAUAAAGAAGGUUUUGGUUCCCCCUUCCCAGAAAGCAAAGCUGAUUGAAGCAUCACAGCACGAAGCUGAUGGCAAGGUCUAUUAUACAUUUGAGUUUGUUGCACAAGCUCCAAAUUUUACUCGGCAUGCUCUGACAUCAGUCUCCAUUGGAAACGGUAAGUUCUACACAUUGACAACAGGAGCAAAUGAGAGAAGGUGGGCCAAAAUGAAAGACAGAUUACAUACUGUGGUUGAUUCCUUUGAAAUUUUCAAAGUGUAACUAAGAAGGCGGCAUUGAUUUCCAAUUUUUUUGUACAAUAUAAUACCUGGAGGCUGUUCAGUCAGUGUAGAUAAAAAGAGCAAUAUUCCAUUACUUGGAGAAUAUCGUAUAACCUACGCUAUCUUGACAUUUCAAUCAUUCAAUAUGUUCGAUUUUCUCCUGCAUUUGGUUACUCCUUAUUUAUUUGCUUACUAUACAAAGGACGUAAUAUUAUAUUCCUUCUGUCCCAAAAAAAUAGUCCAUAUUGAAUUUUGAAAUUUGUACUAAAACACUCAAUGUAAACUUUUUUUUUUGGGACGAGGAAGUACUAUAUUCUUUAUCGGUGGAA